AUGCGGACGGGAGUGCCGAUCAUGGGCUGUCACAUUGACUGCGAUCGCCUGUUGGACUCGGACAUCUCGGACGAUGUCCAGUGCAUAAGGACCAUCCACGAGGAGCACACGAGAAUCUCAGGGGAUGGCUUCACGGCCUGGACCGUGUACAAUGGACACUGCAGACAGCAAACCAAAGCGGAUAUAGUCGGUUGCUUUGGGGGUACAGAUCUGUCAAAGGAGCAGGUGCCUCCAGCCAAGGGAAACGAGAUUACAAAGAAAGCACCUCCCCAGAUGGCCAAGGGAAAGAUCUUCAAGCGCUGCGAACUGGCCCAAGAGCUGUACUACAAGCACAAGCUUCCCAUGAAGGAGAUUCCCACUUGGGUGUGCAUCGCAGAGCAUGAGUCCUCCUUCAACACGGCAGCCGUGGGUCGUCUCAAUGCGGAUGGGAGUGCCGAUCAUGGCCUGUUCCAGAUCAGCGAUCUCUAUUGGUGCACCCACGGUGAGGGAGGAGGCAAAGCCUGUCACAUUGAAUGUGAUCGUUUGCUGGACUCGGACAUCUCCGAUGAUGUGAAAUGCAUUAGGACGAUCCAUGAGGAGCAUACCCGCCUGUCAGGGGAUGGCUUCAAUGCUUGGACCGUCUACAGCGGGCACUGCCGGCAUCAGAGCUUGGCCAUGUUGAGUGACUGCUUUGAUGGCAAUGAAAUAACGGAGGCGCAGAGGCCGAGGCCGAGUCCGUAUGCAGAGCGGCCACAGGUAAAGCCACAGCAGGUGAUUAUGGACAAGCCUCAGCAGAAGAUCGCUGCCAGUUAUGGAUAUGCGAAUAAUCCUUUUCUGCAGAACAUACAGGCAGUAAAGACCCCGCAGGUGUCUGCUCAGCAGCUUGCCUUGUUCAGCAAUUCAAAAGAGAAGCCUUCUACAGCCCUAGUCCCAGGCACUUCUCCAUCGACAAGGCCCAACUAUGACCACAAUCCCUUCCUUAAAGCUCCCGGCUCUCCGCGUCCCUCUGCUACUCCGUUGAAGAGUUCUGUGCAGGUCAAGCCCAAUAAUAAUCUCUCCUAUGCCCAGAACCCAUUCCUCAGUCUACUGGCAAGGCCAAUCGUGCCCGCUCGAGCACCUGUCAAGCCCUCAGUCGCUACGAAGUCUCCGCAGCAUGUAACCAGACCCUAUGUCAGCAGUGACAGCUUCCGCAAUGAAGUGAUAAAAUAUACGGCCACAUCUUCAGAGCACUGCCAAAGCAACUGUGAGACCGACGAGUUUCCCCCCUUGGGUAUGGCAAACUUCCGCGAAAACAACGACAAGAACCAAGCCCACAACACGGCCCCCGUCCACAACGAAAGCUACAACAACUCAUUAUACUACUGUAACGAAACCCCCGUCACGCCCAACAUUAACCACUCGCUCAGCGGCGACCACUCGCUCAGCGGCGACCACUCGCUCAGCGGCGACCACUCGCCCAACGACCAUCAGCACAACAACAAGACCAAUUACUCGUUACAUAGCAGUAACGAAACCUACGACUCGUCCCACGUCAACAACACGCCCAGCCACAACUCUUCGAACUCCGCUACCUCGUGCCACACCGACAACGCGUCCAACGACAAUCGCCCGUCCAGCUACAACAACUCGCACUGUUCCGAGCACUCGCCCAACUGCCUCAACCAGAUAUACAACCAAAACUACAAAUCACCCAGCACCCACAACUCGUCCAACUAUAACGACUCGUCGAACAUUAACAACGAGAUCUACAACUCGCUACACAGCCACAGCAAGACCCACCCAACGGCCUACAACGAGACAAACAACUCGUUACUCAGCUAUAACCACACGUGCCACUCGUCCCACCACGUCAAAAACUCUUCCGAGCACCACCCCAAGGCCAUACUUAUUCACAUCGACUACAACACCACAAAAGACCCUGUUCUACAAAUCAAAACACCUACAACAACAGCGGCACCUUCACGCCAAAACCAGAGCACCACCAGCAGUCCGUACUACGCCAAAUACCAGGAGAACAAAGUCAAAGUGGCAGCCAAGACAGUUUUCUCUUACGAUUUUGUUGAAGCGCUAUCCAAACAGUGUGUAGAUGCCUUGGACCUGGUGGACGAGCACAAAUGGAAAACGGCAAAUAUGCAGCUGAAGUCCAUCGACCGCUUCAAUCAAUGGUUCGUCUCCGCCUUCAUCACCGCCAGCCAGAUACGCUUCAUCAUUGUGCACGACAACAAGAACGACGAGGGCAUCAAGAGCUUCUUCAACGAGAUGUAUGAUACGUAUAUUAAGCAUUCCAUUAACGCCUUCUACAAGAUCAACACGGUCAUCAAGUCGGCAAUGUUCGAGAAAAAGGCCAGGAUCUUCGGGCGAAAGAUUUUGCUAUCAUGACGGGUGGCCUUGGGU